UCUGGCACGAUAGCGGGCACAGUCAUCUGGCAAGACAGCGGGCACCGAGUCAUCUGGCACGACUGCGGGCCCCCGAGCCAUCUAGCAGAAACACGUGCACUGGGUCACCAAGCUCGACAGCGGGCACGAGUCAUCUGGCAAGACAGCGGGUACCGAGUCAUCUGGCAGAACCGCGUGCACUGGGUCAUCUGGCUCGACAGCGGGCAUUGGGUCAUCUGGCUCGACAGUGGGUACCGGGUCAUCUGGUUCGACAGCGGGCACCGGGUCCUCUGGCUCGACAGCGGGCACCGAGUCAUCUGGCAUGAU